AUGCCUCGUAAGCCAAUUAAUGUUAGUAGAAAGAGGCAGAAGGAUAGUGGAUCAACUUAUCAACCAACAGAAAUAGAAGAUGCAUUACAACUACAAAACCCAAUUCCACAAACAGCCCAAGGCAACCCAACCCAACAGCAGCUUGAAGACAAGAAAGUGAUACAUUAUUUACUGAAGAUACAUGCAAGACAGGUCAUUACUUUAGUAGACAAGUUCGUUCGGUUAACCAUUCUAAUAUGUACUUCAGAAGCUACGUAUUUUGAAACUAAUAAAGAAACACUUCUUGAAUCAUUACGUCUGAAUUUUGGUAUUAAAGAUAUGUCAAUUUCUCCAGAUCAUCCAGGAAGUGUAGAUAGAUAUUUAUCAUUAUAUGGUACUGCUGAACCCAUAGCUAAAGCAAUGGUAUAUCUAAUCUUCAUUCUAAAUACAAAGUUAAACAAUAUCGCAGGUAUCGAUUUGUUUACUUUAAAAUCAUCAAAUUAUAAAACCACUUUAUUACUUAAGACGUCGGUUGAGAUCCAGAAUAAACACGGAUUGAAAUAUCUUGAUACUUCAUCGCUGUUUACUUAUAAUUUCAAACAAAAUGUUCACUCGGUAUUUGCUCAAGGAGAUCUUCAUUCUUUGCACAAUACAUACUUAUUGUCUCUUGAAUUGAAUCUUUCCUGUGAUGAUAAUGAUCUUACUAAUAUGCAAUCGUUUGGUAUUCAUCUAGAUCCAGCUUUAUAUAAAAGAUCAGAAGAGAAUACUGAAUUACUCACAAAAUCAACUCAAAAAGUAUUAGAAUUCAUAUAUCCAACUUCAAGAUUUAAUUAA